GAGAUGACCAAAUAAUACCACAUAACACAACUCUCAAAACAAAUGCAUUUAACACUAAAGCGACAAAAGCAAAGCAAUGGAAGCUAUUUCAAGAGAAUUUGGACAAGGAAAUAGAACUGCAAGAAGAUUUACACAUUACCCAUAUGUCAGUAGAGAGACUCUGGAACAUCACCUGGAACAGUAUCUGUACAACAGCAAAGAGGCACAUUAAGAAAGCCAACCCAAAAAAGAUCCGCAUACACAAGCAAACAAAAAACCACUCACAAUCACACAACCCCAAUCGAAACAUUGGCUCAGUUUACAACCUUGGGAAACUCAUACAUCUAGCCAAUACAUACAUCAAAAGAAAGAGAAAGUCAAACACAAUG